AUGGAGACUAUUGCUAUGCAGAGUGCUGAUAUUCCGUGGCUUGUUGGAGGGGAUUUCAAUACAGUGCGAGACCUUAGUGAAAUCUGUGGUGUAUCAAGAGAUAUUCGAAUGGCCAUGGAAGACUUUAAUACUUGCAUCCAGAAUACAGGAUUAUUACCAUUACCCAUGCAGGGCGAAUGGUACACAUGGCACAAUUGCAGUGCCGGGCCACGAAACCUCUGGAAAAGACUGGAUCGCAUGCUGAUCAAUGAUAGAUGGAUGGCUCAGUUCCCGACAUCAUAUUAUUCUUCCCUCACAGCACGCACUUCAGAUCACUCCCCAAUGGUGUUAAGUGGGGAUAUACAACAACAAUUAGGAGGUAUGUUUCGAUUCGAUAAUUACCUCGCCCUAUCUCCAGAAUUUAUUCCCAGUGUACAGCAGGUAUGGCAACAUAACAUAAUAGGGACACCCAUGUAUGCCGUAACAAGGAAACUCAAAGCACUUAAACCGAUAUUUAGAGAGCAGAGGAGGAAAAAGGGGGACUUAUCUCACAAUGUCCAACUGGCAAAAGGGUUUCUUGAGAUGGCGCAAGUACUUGUUACUUCAAACAGGCAGGAUGAACUAUUCCUACAGUUGGAACACUGCUGCCGGGUAGUACUAGCUAAAGCAGCUAAACUUGAACAGAUUAUGCUACAACAGAGAUCAAAAAUGCAGUGGAUGAAGGGGGAUCCAGGAGCAGUAAUUAAUGAGUUUGUCAUGUACUAUCAAAAUUUACUUGGUGGGGAACGACGAAGAGACAUGAUAGAUCUUCGAUUCCUGCGACCAUGGGCUAGACAUAUAUUGAGUGAAGAUGAUGUCAACUCCUUAGUCUUGCCAUUUACUCAUACGGAUGUCAAGCAAGCGAUUUUUGACAUUGCUGAAGAUAAGGCACCUGGGCCGGACGGGUAUUCAUCGGGCUUCUUCAAAGCUGCAUGGCCAAUAAUAGGGCAGGAG